UAUAUGUCAUAGUACAUGUUUUCUCUUGUCGAAAUACGCACAAUGUUUACGUAUAUUUCUGAUUCGUUUAACAUGAAAAGGUUAUUUUAUGUUUUGAUUAUAAUGCAAGUUAUUUCAACGAGGAGCACUUUUGCGGUGAAAAGUGAGCCUCAAAAUGAACUUCAAAUUCUUGACUACAUUAACAAUAAGUUUCAGUGGGAUCGUUUCAAGAGGUCAUUUAGCCAAGUCGAAGACUGCUUAAAUGGUUUAUGGAAGGCUAGCAAGAACCCACAGCCAUGUUUGUACUCCUGUAGAAAACGAAUUUGGAUCGAAAAAAACAUUACCGAAGUAUUACGUAAAACUAGAGAUGUUCGUGAACAUGAAAAAGUCAGAGAAGAACAAGAAAUUAUGAUUGUUCCUUGGUGCACUUGUAAUCAUUGUCCGAGGACUAGAAGUCGUAGAUACAAGUUUACUUUAAUUAACACAAGUACGGGAAAAAUAACUCGGAUAAUGUCACACAACAUUAAGUAUUGUUUAAAAUGUACUUAGUCGGAUAUUGCAGCAUAAAUGGUGAAUAGCAAAUGUGUACGAAAUAAAUAUCUCAAUGUCAGCAAGUGCUCUUUUAAAGACAUGUAAUUCCAAGUAUUGCAAAAGGCUAAUACAUACGUUGCGGGGAAUAAAUA